AUGCCUACCUUUUUUACUAAAGCUAUUAUUUUUUCCAUUUUAAUAUGGGUUUUGAAAUAUUCAGAUAAGAUAUCUAUUUAUCGUAAAUCAUGGAACAAAGAAUACAACCGAAAUAAUAUAUUUAACGCACAAUUUACAAGAUUACUAAGUAGUGAAACAAAAGUAAAAGAAGAGCGAAAACGCAAAAUGUUAAAAAAAGGAACAAAAGAUUUAUUAUACGAAAGUGAUGAUUCCUCUGUAGAAAGACCAAAUUCAUUGGAACAUAAUAAUGACUUUCGAAAAAUAUUUACUAAUUUAAUGCAACGUGAUAUAUCUGAGCUAGAAUUUAAUGAUUUAAUGAAAUAUACUAAAAUUCAAAAACAACAGGAUUCAUUCAACACUGAACAAAAUUUAAAAAAAAAAUAUAACGACUUAAAACAUUAUGAUAAUGUUCAAACAUGUACAAAUGCAUUUACACCUUUAAAAAAUGAAGACUUAAAGAAUCAGUUAGAUUUAUUUCAAAACUACUCAAGCAAUAGUCAUCAUUACUAUAAACAUCAAGAUAUGGUUAAAAGUCACUUGUAUAUAAGAAAGGGUCUUCAACUAUAUUUUUUAUUUAAUUCAAAAAAGAAAUUGAUUAAAAUAUUAUUAGCAUUGUCUACUCUUAUUAUAUUAUGCAUUUCUAUUGCAUUAUCAUUGAACAAUGCAAAAUUAUAUUUUAGCGAUCAACUUAAAGACUAUGCGAAAUAUAUAUGUAAAUUAUAUAUACAAUACCCUAAAGGAGCUGUUUAA